AUGGCACUCACUCUUCGUCGACGCGCCGCACCAGAGAGCUUCUUAGAAUCCAUUCCACGUAGCGAGGAGUAUGCGGCUUCUAAGAUCUCCAAUACGGCACCCUGGAGGUGCUUUGAAGCGCUUUCUGGAAUCUGCUCUGCUUCCCCCUCCGUGCGCCACUCUUCCGCCAAUUCAGCGCGCCAUCUCCGCGCGACGUUUCUCCCCGCGAACUACUCCGAGCCUCCGCACGAGCUGCUGCUCCCCGCGCACCAACAAGAUCCCGCCACGUGGCAACUCGAGCUGCUCUCGGCAAUCGGCGCAAUCGCAUCCGCGCAGGUGUUUUCCGCGCGGAUCUGCCCGCGCCUGCUGGUGUUCUGGGCGAUUGCGCCAAGCAGCGCGGAGAUCAACGAGCGCGCGGGGCGGCUUGCGCGGAUCUCCCACAUUUACGGAGACGCUCUGGUUGUGGAGUGUGACUCAAACGACAGCGCCCUUAACGAAUCGCAUCCGCUUCCGCCCGCCGUUCCGCCGCUUCCCCACUACAAUGCCGCACACUCGGAGCACACUCCCCCGCGUCACGCUCUCUUCGACCCCCUCUCGCCCCCCUCUAUCGAGGCGCGUCAGGAGCUAUCUAUGCCUAACCUCCCGUCGUCCCCAUCGCUUGAGACGUCUUUAAAGCCAUCUACAAUCCACCCUCCGCCCGCGCCGUCUCUAUGCCUGGCCUCCCUCCUCCCCUACGACGUCACCGAGCGAAUCUUCCUCGCUCUUUCCUUCGCUGACCUCAUGAGCUGCGCCGCUGUCUGCAAGUCGUGGCGCUGCCACGUCAGCAGCAACCAGGUAAUCGUUCGGGCAGCAGAAGCAGGGAACCUGGACGCGUGUGUGAUUAUGGCGAGGGUGAUGGAAGCGAGGGGGGAGCAGCAGAGGGCGCUGGAGUGGUACAGGAAGGCGGCGAGAAUGGGGCACCAGGGGAGCCAGUAUCGAAUGGGCGAGGCGUACUAUAGAGGGGAUGGGGACUGGCCGAGGGACGAGGAGGAGGCUCUGGCGUGGCUGCUGCGUGCUGCUCGGAACGCCCAGGCGGAUCCCAAACUCGGUGCUGCUGCUUCUCUGCUGCUGGGAUACAUGUACCUGGAUGGGGAGGGCACGGGGAAGCCGAGCAUUGAAGAGGCCAUCCGAUGCAUUGGCGAACACCAUCCAUCUGGUGUGGUGCCGUAA